UAGGCUAUUCCAUUGGUCCAUAAUACCAUCAAUCUUGAAUUUUCGAAGUCCUUCAAGUUUGAAACUUUUUGUGAGUAGGAGUCGGGUUACAACAGGGAGAGAAGAAAACACUCAAUUAUUUACACAAUAGCACCUAAUACAACAUACAUUUACAUUAAGUCGACUGAGAAGAGCCUUUUUCUCGAGGAAAGACGAAGGUCCGAUUCAUGGAGCUGUACAUGGAUUUGCUAUGGAUUGCCAUGAUGAAGACUCGAGAUUAAUCCUAGAUUAAAUUGUCAAAUUGUAGCAGUGUACGCCGCGGUGUUUUGACUCACACCCCGCAUCCGGUUUGAUUUGAAGGAAAGACGUCAUCAUGGACUCCUUCAGUACUAAGAGCCUGGCCCUUCAGGCCCAGAAGAAGCUGAUGAGCAAGAUGGCCACCAAGAGCGUGGCCAACCUGUUCAUUGAUGACACCAGCAGCGAGGUGCUGGACGAGCUCUACCGAGUCACCAAGGAGUACACACGCAACCGCAAGGAGGCCCAGAAGAUCAUCAAGAACCUCAUCAAGAUGGUGGUGAAGCUGGGUGUCCUCUACCGCAACAACCAAUUCAGCGGGGAGGAACUGGUGCUGGUCGAGGGCUUCAGGAAGAAGGUCCACACACUGGCCAUGACAGCUGUCAGCUUCCACCAGAUCGAGUUCACAUUCGACCGGCGUGUGAUGAGCGCCAUCCUGAAUGAGUGCCGUGAGCUGCUGCACCAGGCCAUCAACCGCCACCUAACAGCCAAGAGCCACUCGCGGGUCAACCACGUGUUCAACCAAUUCGCAGACUGUGACUUCCUGGCAGCUCUCUACGGCCCCUCUGAGGUGUACCGCAACCACCUGCAGAGGAUUUGCGAUGGUGUCAAUAAGAUGCUGGACGAGGGCAACCUUUAACCCCCCAGGACCUUUUGACCCCUUCCCUUUGACCUUUGAGGCCUUACCUGGUGGUGUGACAUUCACCACAUGGUUGCCGCCUUGGCUUUUUUAUUUUAUUUUAUAGACAAACAUUAUGCAUAGUGGACAUUUGACAUUUUGCCCCUCCGACAUUACUGUACAACACUGAAGGAUGUUCCAGGCUAGUUAGUCCAAAGUUUCUUCUACGCCUCUUUAUUUAAAGGAACAACAUGGACCUCUUCAGUGAAUGUAUAUUACAAGCUUUUGUCGAUCAUUUCCAGUCAUAGGACUUCACCAAUCCCUUGGAACUGUCUUUUUUUUCCAAUGGCUGUCUGUCCCCUGGAAGGUCUCCCAACCACAGCCUGAAGAUCAUAUGUACGAGUAGUCAAUUGAAUGGGCUGAAAUGCUUUUAGAGUGAAGAGGACAAUGGUAGAUGUUAACCUACUUCAGGACAACCAUAAGGGACUCUGUUGUUAGACAGGAGUGCCACUUGAGGUUAAAACGGCACUAAUUGUUUUGCAAUAAUUCACGUAACAGACCAAUAAUCCAGUUUCAGCAUUUACACUCCAUAUCCUAAGUCUACACUUUGUUUGGAUCAAAAUACCUUUUGCCUGCUUUGGCCCUAAUUACCUGUUUUUAUUACAAUCACACCAAAGAGUGUAUAAUUUGGGUCAUGGGGGCUAUAAAAAUGGAGGAAGUUGAUUGUGCUGUGCAACCUAAUUGUCACCGAGCUGCUGACUCGUCAGCUCUUUCACUUCAUCUGAGCUGAACCGAAAACCCUAUCCAGUAAACACUUUGAUUUCUGCGCAGCCGAGACCGACUCCAUAUACAGUCAUGUUAAUGACUGGAGGAUAUGGGAAAGGGAAGUAGGUUGCCUUUGUUGGUGAGGCCCAGGCUGUUUCGUCACGUAACAUAGUAUUAUGGAUUAGAGCAGAGACUAAAACAAUACCGGAUUGUACCUUCCAUUAUUCUAUGAAUUAUUCCCCCACUCCAGACCAAUAAUAGCCUACCUACAGCUAAUCCAUUCCAACACCCCAGCCUCCAUUUAAUGGGAUUGAGAUCACAUCUUUGCAUGGUGCACGUCCUAUUUGGGAGUGAAGUUGUUUUUUAAUGAACCAUUUAGAUUGUUGUUUAGUUUGUUAUAUAGUACUACCCUGCACAUAAUGGAUGUUAUUUUCUUUUCUAGGCCAAUCUGUGUGUUAUUUUGUAUGGCUGAGCCUGUCUAGGAGACUGCGCUGUGGCCUCAUUUAGUAUUCUCAGUGACCGUGUAUACCUGUGAGGAGCUGCAGCAGAGAGUUGUAAAUGAGCGCUGUGUUCUCCAGGAUCUGCUGUCUCGCUCGCUCUCUUCUCUGUCACAGAAACCUCUCUGGUCUGUACUGUAGCAAUUCUGCCAAAGAGAGGAAAGGGAGAGAUAAGCCAUCUCUGCAAUCGCGAUAAGGACCUUUCCAAAGGAACAUUAGGGUAAUCGGUAUGCACUUGAUGAAGAUUGUUUUUUAAAAAAAAUGUUUUUUAAUUGUUUUGUUAUUCCCUCCCAUUUUAUUUGAAGAUGUGGUCUCCAUUUGACUUCAUCCUCCUACAUCUGGGGGAGUUGUAUUAAGUGAACGCUCGCAGGACUAGAAAAUUGAAGUCCCAGAAUAGUUGAGAUGGCUUAGUUCUUAAAUGUCAAAGAUGCCGUUCUUUCCAAUCACAACAGUUCUCAGGUUUAAGUCUCAGAGCUUGUGCUCAUGACACACUUACUAGCGUUGGACCCAAUGUUGGAGGAUUAAAUACAGACCAAUUUCUGCUUCAUACAUUUUACAUUAGCUCACAAAAGAUACAUUAUUUGAAGUAAUGUUGUAUUUCUACCAAUGGAAAGGGAAAUAUUUUCUGUAUUAUUUGUUAUAUGAUGUUGUACAUGUGUUUGUUUUAGUGUGCCUUCUCCAUAGUAGACAUGACGAAUAUACAUGAUUACUCCUAUUUUUAAAUAAAUUGUUUGUCUUUUCUUGAUAAAGCACCA